AUGGCGCCCGUCGGUGAAGCAGAGCGACGUCUCAUAAACGAGUUAAAGAAGAAAAUAGAGAUCAUAAGGCUAUCUCCGGGUCGCCCUUCAGUAGAACUGAUUCAGUGGAAGCUGAAGUUUUACGGUGACAAAUGCUACGAAAGCAACGACGUUGUGGAAGAAGACGAACUGCAUUUCGUCAACUUGGAAGCAGACAAAGACACCGUCAUUAACAGAAGAGGGGGAGCGCUCCACUUCUACAUGAAGUUGAAGCAGCUACACAAGGAGCACGAGCACCACAAAGAGUUCACGAUCUAUCUGGACAACUUCGUGUUAGCGCACGAAUGGUACGAAAUUCUUCUGGCAGCCAACGAGGUGGAGGAACUCUUGCGUCUGAAUUCCUACAAGAACUAAAGAACGAGGUCAACCUCACUCGCACGGCUCCGGGAGAACCAGGCUAUCCUGAAAUGGCAGAGACACGACGCAAUCAUGACAGGAACGAUGUCGCCGAAUUUGCGAAACGACACAUGCGAUAUUACAGGUCACUAUUGGAUGGGGAGAAAAUAGCGCUAGAAGAAACAAAACAUCACUCCCAGCUUGUCGCACGAUUAGAAGAGGAGACCAUGAUGGAACUCCGCUCGGGCUGGCUGACCUUCAAGAUGAAGUGCGUAGUAAAGUGGAGGAUUUAAAGAAACCAUGCACAAGCUAGAAAGGGAAUGUCAGGUCCGAAUGCACCAAAUAGUGGAGGGAAUGGAAGCAAAGCAACGAGCCUUCACCAGACAAUUCCAUGAACUGAAAGAAAUGCUUCAGGAGGCCAAAUCAGUCUUCAACCGGAAAGGAUCGAAGAGGAAACACGACGUAGAAGAGGAACUCCUUGAAAAACGGCGCAUUUGCGAACAAAAAUUACGACGAAGCGAAAAGGAACUGAAGGAUCUCGACCGUUUUUUGAGCAACAACAUAGUCAGGGAACGCCAUUCCGGAGAUCGCAUCUUGAAGAAUAGUGAGGCCACGCUCCCAAGCAUCUUCUGUCGAGCAAUCGGGAGGCACUAUUCAGACGCUUGCCCAGCAGUUCGAACAGUGGACGAAAGACUGAGGAGUAUAAAGUCCACGGAUAGAUGCUUGAUAUGCAUCGAAAUACACCCUGAAAGACCCUGCGUGAAAAAGAUAUCCUGCUUUUACUGCAACCAACUUCGCCCGCACGAGAAGACCGAUCACCACGCCAGUAUUUGCCGCCGGCCGGAGGAGUUUGUAGAGGCCCAACGGAAGCGAUGGGAAACGAUGGCCGAGGUCGACAAGUACCGCAGAAUGUUAGAUGACUGCGACGCGGACAUCCGAGCGGCACGUCAGAUGGCGUACCGAAAGCAGAGUGAAGAAUGCGGAACUUCGAGAAUGUCAAAGACGCAGAAGCCAAUUGAGUAG